GAGUACAUGGUAAGGACAUAUUUUAAUGCUCAAAGCAGACAGCAAGUAGUUCUAUUCAUGGAUGUGUUGUCGUAUUUGGAUAAAGAAAAACGAGAUUUUUCAUCUAGUAGAAACAAUUUUACUAUGUCCGUGUACGACAAGAAAAGAUUAAAGCUUGAUCUACCAAGCAAAGUCAAAAAGCAAGACACUAACAAUGCUGUUCUUACUUCUCCUGAUUUGAUAAAGUUAAAGCUUGAUUCUCCUGAGCUUGAGAGGAUCAUUCUAGCUACAGCAGGCAGUGCUACGCCAACACCAAAACAAUAUAGGAGAAUUAAGGAAUCCUCAGAUUUAACAGUGAGGGAACAGCAAGAACAAUAUGUACGAGGAUUUGAAGAUGCGCUACAUAAGAUGAGAGAAGAAAGUGACUUGACACAGAUAAACGACGUCAAAGCAUCGACUGUUAGCGCUUUAAUCUCAAACAAUAACAACAAUGUCAGCAAAGUAAAUCAUGAAAACGAAAUUCCAUCUAAUCAGGCAGCGAACGACAUUUCAAAUGCGGUCGUAAAGACUUCUUCACAUCAAGUCAGCCAAACGCAUUUGAGUAGUAAUAAUAUCAACACAAUUUCUGGCUUUCAAUCAACAAAAUAUAUUUCGAAUUUUCCGGUAAUUACGGUUAUAAACAGUCCAGAACCAACUGCAGACACAGUCUCCGUUGAAAGGGUUAAAGGCACCUCAUUUAAUCAUCAACCAGAUGAUAUUACAGCUGGACAGUUAUUAUUCGACCCUGUUGCAACUACUAAACAAUCAGACAUAACAGAAUUUCAUGGGGUUGCUACAACAAGCUAUCCUACGCUUUCUGCCGUCCCUAUUGACUUGCACAAGCAAGAAGUGGUGAAAACAGAGCGAAAGAAACAUAGAAAUCGAGUUGCUGCAUCAAAAUGUAGGAAAAGAAAAUUGGAAAGAGAAUCCCAUUUACAAGAAAGGGUUAAUGAAUUAAAAUCUCGACACAGUGAACUUAGUAACAUUGCAUCAAUAUUGAGGCAACAAGUUUGUGAAUUAAAACUGCAAGUUAUGGAUCAUAUUAAAAGUGGCUGUGAGGUUUUACCUAUUGCUGCUAUGUAACAUUAUUUAGGUAGCUGUAAUAUUAUAUAUAAUGCUUAAAUUAAUUUUAAUACAGAAAUUGUAGUGUUAGUUAAAAGUUCAAUUUAUGGCACAUUAUGAUCCAAGUCUUAUCUGAGAUAAACGUUAUGUAUUAAAACAUUUGUUGAGAAUGGCACAAACAAUGUAGACUUGGUUUCAUUGCUAUAAAGUAGGUUUCAUCUAUCAAGAUAACCUUUAUCACCUGUCUGUCUAAUAGCAUUAUAAUACUUGUGUUCGCUACGUCUAAUUCAUUCAUGCAAAAUAAAGCAAUUAAAUAAACAAA